AGUGGAGAGAAGGAGCCCAACGGCCAAGGCAGGGAGGGAGGGCAGAGGAGGGGUGGCAGGAAGGACAACCCCCGUGCUCCGAAGACAGAAAUCCCCGCGUGCCCGGGAGAAGCCUAACAAGCGCCGCGGAGCCCUCCAGGUUGCUAAGUUGGCUAUCGCAGUGCAAGCCUUGGAGUCCCAAUGGGGGACUCCAGAUCAAGACGAUCUACUCUGGUCUCCCGGUUGCCAAUAUUCAGAAGGAGUAUUAGCAGAAAACAUGAUUCUCUUCCUUCUUCACCCUCCUCCAGUAAUACAGUCGGUGUCCACAGUUCGUCUCCUUCCAGCACUAACUCAAGCUCAGGUAGCACAGGUAAACGCAGGAGCCUCUUCCGUACUCCUUCCAUUAGCUUCCAUCAUAAGAAGGGGAGUGAACCUAAGCAAGAACCUACCAACCAGAACCUUAGUAUUUCAAAUGGUGCUCAACCUGGUCACAGCAGUAUGCAAAAACCGAGUUCGGAAGAACAUACUAAAACCAGGGGAAGACAUUCUGUUGGUUUUAGCAGUUCACGAAAUAAGAAGAUAACAAGAUCUUUGACAGAGGAUUUUGAAAGAGAAAACGAGCACUCGACUAAUAAGAAUGUCUUUAUAAAUUGCCUGAGUUCUGGCAAAAGUGAGGGGGAUGAUUCUGGAUUCACAGAAGAACAAACUCGCCGUUCUGUUAAGCAGUCAACAAAGAAGCUUCUUACUAAAUCUUUUUCAUCUCACUAUAAAUUUUCUAAGCCAGUUCCACAGAGCCAAUCCAUUUCAUUGGUACAACAAUCUGAAUUCUCACUGGAAAUGGCACAGUACCAAGAGAGGGAACCUGUAUUACUAAGAGGUUCUCCAUCUUGUUCUGUGGAUGUAACAGAACGGGCGGGAAGCUCAUUACCAUCUCCACUGCUUUCUGCUGAUUUUACUACAGCUCAGACACCUUCAGAGUUCUUAGCCUUGACUGAAGAUUCUGUGUCUGAAGCAGAUGCAUUUCCUAAAAGUGGAAGCAUGGCAUCCCACUGUGACAACUUUGGCCACAGUGAUUCUACCUCUCAGAUUUCUCCCAAUCCUGCUGCUGCUACAAAGACAACAGACCUUAUGGGAACUGUUCCCUGUGCAAUUAUGUCUCCUGGGAAAUACAGGUUAGAAGGUCGGUGUGGCACUGAAUCUAAAUCCUUACCAGAAACCUCUGCUGCUAAUCAGAAGGAAGUGUUACUGCAAAUCACUGAACUACCUGCUAUGAAUGCGAGUGACUCAGAGAUUCAUCUAUCAGCAGAUACAAGAAGAGGAGAACAUAUGGUGAUACAAAAUGGUGAAACAAUGUUGGCAACAAGCUCCCCAAGGAAACUUGGAUUUUAUGAGCAACAUAAAGCAAUAGCUGAACGUGUUAAAGGGAUCCAUCCUAUUUCAGAUUCAAGGAUAAUACCCGCUUCCGGUGAUCAUUAUAUUUUAAACAAAACAUCAUAUGGAUAUGAUGCAAAUCCUGCCAAAGUUCUUGCCAGUAGCCUCAGUCCCUACCGUGAAGGAAGAUUUAUAGAGAGGCGACUGCGAUCCUCAUCAGAAGGAACUGCAGGGAGUAGCAGGAUGAUUUUGAAACCAAAAGAUGGAAAUGUAGAAGAAGUUAAUAGUCUAAGAAAGCAAAGAGCAGGUUCAUCAUCUUCAAAAAUGAACAGCAUGGAUGUUUUGAAUAAUUUGGGAUCUUGUGAACUGGAUGAAGAUGAUCUAAUGCUUGAUUUGGAAUUUUUAGAGGAACAGAAUCUUCAUCCUUCAGUUUGCCGGGAGGAUUCAUACCACUCUGUGGUCUCAUGUGCUGCUGUAGUUCUCACUCCUAUGGACCCAACAAUAGAGAUGAAGAAAAGAGAAGAACUAAAAUUUCCUGAGCCUUCGAAACAGAACCUUUCCCUGAAAUUAACAAAAGAGAUUGAUCAGGAAGCCAGGUGUCCCCAUAUCAGGGGAACACCCAGCAGUCCAUCUGCAGAUUGGCCCCUGCCAGGUGUGGAAGAAAAUGGAGGCAUCGAUUCUCUGCCAUUCAGACUGAUGCUACAGGACUGCACAGCCGUCAAGACAUUAUUAUUAAAGAUGAAAAGAGUUCUACAAGAGAGUACAGAUAUGAGCCCAGCAAGUAGCACCACUUCACUUCCUGUUAGUCCUCUUACUGAAGAGCCGUCGCCUUUCAAGACUUUCUUCUCAUUGGUUGGUGGUGAAGGAACAGGGACAUAUUCCGAGAAUCUUGUGCUCAGCUUGAAGUCAACAUCCUCCACCUGGGUGGGGGCCUUAGUUCCCCCGCAGAAGAACUCAAAGGAUAUAAUGAAAGAUGAGUGCUCAAUGCUGAAGCUGCAGCUGAAAGAGAAGGACGAGCUCAUUUCCCAACUUAAGGAAGAACUGGACAAAGUUCAGCAUUUACAGAAGGCUUUUGCUUCAAGAGUAGAUAAAUCCACACAAACUGAACUUCUAGGCUAUGAUGGUUUGAACCUGAAAAGACCAGAGUCAGUACAAGGAGGGAGAGAGGCUACAUAUCGAAAUCGAAUUGUGAACCAAAGUCUCAGCACAAGGGACAGAAAAGCAAUGCAUACUCCCACCGAGGACCGUUUUAGAUACUCAGCAGCAGACCAGACAAGCCCCUACAAAAGCAAGACCUGUCAGCUCUCCAGUCUAUGUUUAAGCAAUUUUUUGAAGGACAAGGAACUAGUGGAAGUUAUCAAACACUCCAGAGGAACUUACGAAACCCUCACGUCAGAGGUCACCCAGAAUUUACGGGGCACUGUAGGGCAGAACUCUCUGAAACCAAUAGCUAAGACCGAAGGGCUCUCCACGUUCUCAGAGAAACCAAAGGACCAAGCUGCUGUGGCCCGACAGCAUUCAACCUUUACAGGCAGGUUUGGACAACCGCCAAGAGGGCCAAUCUCUUUACACAUGUACAGCAGAAAGAAUGUUUUCCUCCAUCACAAUUUACACACAACUGAGCUGCAGGCUCUAGGCCAGCAGGAUGGGUAAUUAAAUCACCCCAUUCCUGUCUCUGGGUAGGAUAAGACGGUUAGUGUUUCUCGUGCAUAGCUCAUGUUUAAAUUUUCAUGUAUUUUUUAUUACUUUUUAUUUUUAGUUAUAAACAAAGUACUUUUUUUUUUUACAAUGAGGGUUCAAGCAUGUUAAUUGAAUUAGGUUUAAUAGCUUUGGAGACUUUAUUAUAUAUAUGUAUAAUAAAUGAGACCAUCUUGCUGGUUUAUAUACAGGCCAUAAUUUAUUUAUCUUUUAUUUUUAUCAGUCACUGAUAUGCAUUGAAGUUUCAGAAGAUAAUAUCAAAUAGCACUCUGUUCACUUAAUGGUGUUACUGUGAAAAUAGAUGUGCAGAAUAGAUAAAGCGAUUGUAAGGAAUUUUAAAUUACAUAGUUAAUAGAGAGAGAAAAGAGGGAUUUUAAAGUCUUGUAUUUGGUGGUGUAUUUAUUUGAAGAAUGAAGCUUGCUUGCAUAUAACCUAGAGAUGCGUUUGUCUCUCUGUUACAUACAAUCAAGCUUAUCUUGCCAUACGAUUAAGGGGGAAAAUGGUAUUUCUUUUAUCCUCUAAGUGUUUAGUUCACACUAGUUCACAAAGGAUUUCAGACUGAGUAAUUGCUAGCCAAACAGAGAAUGACAGCUCUGAUCUUCGAAACAAUUUGCUUUUAGUUUUUGCUAUUGAUGUCGAAGUACUAUGACAUAACACAGUGAGGUGGUAAUGUUGCCUGAAUUCUGUCAAAUGAUGCGUAAAACAUGACAUGCUACACUCUUUGAGUCACUGUCAUGGUUAUAUCACCAUAUUUUUUUAAAAUUUGAGGAAUAGAACAUUCUAAGAAAAUUAUUUUACUUCACUUUCCUUAUAUUUUUUAAUUUUUCACUUCUUUUUUAAAUGUAUGUCCAAUUUUGCUUUAUAUACAUUAUUAACCCACAUCAAUUACUCUACAUUAUGAAUUGAGGAAGAGAAAGUCAGUUUCUUGGUAGCCCAGUUUACACUAUUUUGACUAUUCAGUCAUCUAGAUUUAGAGGAAAAAGUAAAAUAUAUGUAAACUUCGGCAGUUUGAUCUUAGAAAUAAAUCUCUAACAGGAAUACUUCACUCGUUUGAUGGCAAAUAUUUCUCUUUAACAAACAAGGCCUAAUACGUCUUAUACAUAAGUGCACGUGAGAUAAAUAAUUCCUUUAUGUUUAAUUAAUCAUAGAGCUGUAUGCAGCUAUAGAAAUAAAUAAUUUUAAAAUGACCAGUAGGAAUCAGGGCUGCAGCUUUCUUAUACGAAGAUAAAAGCUAAUAACUGAAUCCAUAUUAGGCACAGUCCAUGCAAAUUGAAAUUGUCAUACCUACUGCAUGAUCUGUUUCCCUUGUGCUCUCUGACAGAAUCCAUGAAAUGAAUAAAGGGAAACUGAGAUAGCAGUUUUAGCAUGGCACCUGACUAACUUGCUUAAAUUAAAGCUAUGUGUGAAAUGCAUCUCCUAAAGCAAAAGUGCAUUUGAGCUCUAUGCUUUGGGGAAAAGCCAUUAGAUAUCCCCCCACUAGCUUUAACUAUUAAACUUUAACCACUUUUCAAACUUCGAUUAGAAUUGAUAAGAGUAAAGAGUUUAGUGGAUAUGCUGGAUUUGUAAUUUUGGUUUUCCAAAGGAAAACACAUGUGCAUCAAGACAAAUGUUUGCCAAAUGUUUUCUUUUUUGUGUGUGUUUGUAAUUCUGCCAAAAGAGAAUAAUGCACACUGCAAUUUGCUUCGCUUAAUGAGACUGCUAUCUAAAAUUCCCACUAUACUUUAGAAGUUAUAAUAUUCAUGCAGACAGACAUUUUGGGCUGGAUGGUAUUUAAGAAAUGAUAGAAAAAUUAUGAUUAUUAAUUGUGGUAUUCAGCUUCAUUUGUCCUAAAAGUUGGUGUGUGUUACUAGAGUAUUUGAAGUCUGUAAAUAAAUCAGAACGGUCAAAUAAUCAAGGAUUUUUUCCCAGGAUAUGGAAGAACUAUGUAUCACAAAUAAUGUUUUUGAUUUGGACUUUUGGAGCUUAUAGUUUUGCUUUCCUGGAAGAUAGACUUUUGAAUUAUACUUUGUAAAAAAUAAUCUAUUUAAGAAAAUCUGUCAUUUAAUAGACAUUUUAAGAGAUGUUUUAAAUGCUAGUAUUUUCUUGAAAAAUCUUUUUUAAAGCUGAAACAUUCAAAAAGAAAACCUGGGUUAAACAGUUCAAUUUUAAAAGGAGGGGUAUUUUUUGGAAAUAUCAUCUUAAAGCUGUUUUGUAUCAGUAUUUUCAGCAUUGUUAUAAUAUUAUUUGUAAUACUAAGUGUAACUCAGGCCUGGAGAAGGUGUAAGCCCACUAUGCUAAUAUACAUCAGUAACUGUAAAACAGGGGUUCUUUGUAAGUUCCUCUUGUGUAUAUAGAGUACUUAUGUGGGCAUUCUUUCAGCAAAUUGAUUUCUUUGUACUAAAAUCUCUAGUUUUCUAAGACAGUUCCAUGUAUAAAAAUGAUUUAUACAUUUCUCCAAGGCAGUACAUAUCCAAAGACAUGACACCAGGGGGAAAAAGUGCUUGUUUUUCUGAUGGAAGCAGUUGUCUUUUCUUUCCCUUCCUGUUUCUUCUGUGCAUGUGUAUGUGUAGCUAAGCCUAAGUAACUCUGUAAAAUUUCUGCUGCAAAUCUUUUCUGAAUUUAGAACGUGUUUUAAAGGACACUUAAGAAGAGAUAUUCCUUAAGGAAAAGCUGUUUCCACCUGAAAUAAACUGUUCUCAUUUUUGUAA